AUGGCAAGGCCACAGAGUCCGCCCAUCCUCGCCCAGCUACGGAACGCAAGGACCGCCUCCGAGAAAGCUGCCGCCCUGCGAGCUCUCAAGAACGACAUUGUCGGUCACGUACAGAAGAAGGAGCAGUGGGUCUCCCACGGCGUUCUCGACCAAAUCGCCCGGGCCGUAAGCCCCGAAAAGUCACCGGCCAGGCUCAACGGCAAAGGGUCGUCCCAUCUGCAACUGUAUUCGAGGCCCCUGUCCGAUGACGACGAGGCAAGGCUCCAGGCCCUCCAGCUGAUCGCCAGCUUCGCUCACGGAGGCCCGGCUUUCCUCGCCCCGAUACACGCUUCGCAUGCGCUGUCCGACAUCCUGGCCAACGUAUCCCCCUGCUCCCGCCCACCCGAGAUCGUCGUCGCCGCCCUCCGAGCCCUGACAGACAUUGCCAGCUCAGCCGCCCUGGCCGACGACGACUGUCCGCUGACGACGCACGCUCUUGCCGACCAGGUCUUCUCCCCCGCCCACGUCGAGUCGCUCAACGCCAUACUCUCCAUUUCGUCCGCCAAGCACCUGCCCCAGACCCAGGUCGUCCUGGCCUGCCGCCUGGUCCAGAAGCUGUGCCGCCACGAGAAGCACCAGAGCAUCUUGACCGCCGCCGGCGUCCUCGACUCGCUCGCCGCCCGUCUGGCCAGCUUCGCCGUCGCCGAUGGCUACGUGGUGCCCGGGGCCGAGGAGGCGGCCUGCAACGACGGCCUGCUCGAGGCUUUCCCCCCGCCCGCGCCCGACAGUGCCAGGCUGCAGCCGGUGCUCGAGGCCAUCUCCGCCAUCCUCGGAAAUUCCAAGUACCGUGCCAACCGGCUGCUCUACGCGCCCGCCAUCAUGGCCGUGUUCCCGCCCAUCAGGUUCCAGUCGCCGAUGACGGCCCAGAGCGCGGCGGGCACGCCGCGCUACGACCAGCGGAACACGGACCUGACGGCCAUGGAGUACGUGCUGCCUGCUCUGCCGAUCCAGGCCAUCAAGAGCGCCACGGGCUCCCCCUUUGCGCUGGCCACGCCCGACCGAUCGGACUCGCAGCUGUCGAGCCGCAGCAAGGCCGUGUCGAGGGUGCUGACGGAGAUGGACCCGUCGCGCGUCCGGUCCCCCGCCGAGGUGGAGCUGGACGACGUCGAGAGCCCCCUGCUCCCGUGGCUGGUCCACCUGGUCCGCUGCACGCGGGACUCGGAGCGGCUCAUGGCGGCGUCCAUCCUGGCGUCGCUCCACAAGGCCGGGCUCGGGAGCAAGCGCAUACGCGAGACGAGCAUAGGGCUGCUCGUGGUGCCGCUGCUGGUCGACAUGAUUGAGAAGUACGACAGGGACGUGCCCACGGCGUCGAGCAAGGAAAAGGCCACGCAGCGCGCCAUGCUCGAGGAGGCGCCGCUGAUCCUGGCCCGGCUCAUCGUCGACUGCGAAUUCCUCCAGAAGGCAGCGGUCGACUGCCACGCCGUCAAGAUCCUGACCAAGCUCCUCCGCAGGGCCUACAGCCCGGUCGAGCCGUACGUGCGGCCCAUGUGGACCCCGCACCCGGAGGCGGCAGACGUAGGCAUCGACUCGCACCCGCCCAUAGCCCAGCUCGGCGGCCGCGGUCAGAACGAGGUGCUCGCCCACAACAUCCGGCUGCGCGAGUCGGCCCUCAAGGCCAUCGCCGCCCUCGCCGCCGGCAGGGAGGACUACCGCAAGGCCCUCGUGGCCGAGGACUUUGUGCCCUACGUGGUCGAGUCGCUCUCCGAGUUCCCGCGGAAGCCACACGCGCCCGCCAAGGACCGCGCAGCAAAGGACGGCAACGGCAGCAGCAAGAACGCGUCGUCACCUGACGGCGCGGCCACCGACGGCGAUGCGCCCGCGACGACUUCGGUAGCCCCCGAGUACGGGAGGAAUACGCCGCCGGUCGUCAUCGCGGCGUGCCACACCGUCAGGGUUCUCUCGCGGUCUAUAAGUAUACUGCGCACAGCGCUCGUCGACUACGGCGUUGCCUUGCCCCUCUUUCACUUCCUGCAGCAUCGGGAUAUGGAUCUCCUGAAAGAGAAAGGCGUCAUGUCCGUGCUGUGCGAGCACACACACUCGGACAACCCGUCACUACGGCUGAAUGCGCUGUGGGCGCUCAAGCACCUGGUCGUCGCCGUGGGACCGGAGCUCAAGAAGGCGUGCCUCGAAGAGAUAGGAUCCGGGUGGCUGGUGCAGCUGAUCCAGGACGACGCGGCGACUCAGGAUGACGGCGGCAGCCGGCUCAGAGACAUGGACGACGACGAUGGCGUCGACGUGGGAGGCGGCGAGUCUCGGGGUGAGCAGCAGCAACAGCAGCAGCAGCAGCAGCACCGGUGGAUCUACGAGGUAGAUGGGGAGGUGCUCGAGCUGGACGCGUCGCGGUCGACGCGGAUGCGUCGGGCAGAAGCCAGGCUGACGGCCCUGCGUGAAGCAGAGGGCAACGCGGCCCGGCGGGCGCGCAACGACGACAUGGCGAUACAGGAGCAGGGGCUCGACUUCAUCCGCAACCUGAUCGGCCGACCGGGGGCCGGCGGUGGCGUGGGGGCGGACACGUCGUCGGACACGUCGGACAUGGUCGACCACCUGUUCCGGGAGCUGGGGCAGGACCGGCUCUUCGACAUGGUGGCGUCCAAGCUGCGGCCGCGGUACCUGCACCCGUUCUCGCGGCGGACGCCGGUGGCGGGCAGGGAGGCGCGGGUCGUGAACCCGCAGCCGCAGGUCAUCGUGCCGGCGGUGUACAUACUGGUGCAGAUGGCGGCCAGCGACGCCCGGCACCGGCAGCUGGUGACGGCGCAGACGGAGCUCCUCAGGCAGCUGGUGCAGUACUCGGGGCGGGACAAGGAGGUCAAGAUCGCGCUCUGCCACCUGGUGAUCAACCUGACGUGUCAGGACGACGAGGGCGACGGUGGAGAGUCGGAGGGGGUCGGUGGCGGCUGCAGGCUCCGCGCGGCGGAGCUACGCAGGCUGGGAUUCUACGAUAAGAUGAUUAUGUUUCAGGAGGACAGGGAGCUGGAUGUCAAGGAGAGGGCCAAGGAGGCGGUUCUCAACCUGAAGGGCUCUGCUAGGGAGUAUUGA